AUGGUGAACCAAGAGCAAAAGAGCCUUAUAUCCGAUGGCUCUCCUUCCUGUCCGCGACCAGGUCCCACAGAUGAAGCAGAGGAUGACGACGACGCGACAGCAUCUUGGGCAACUAUGCCAAAGAAACUGCAACUGGGCCUCACAGUAUGCGGUUGGUUUUGUGAAAAUGCAGCAAUCGGCAGCCGACAGACCUUCAUCCUCUUCCAGCUCAAAUCGUUCAAACUCCCCGACGGUUCCGUGCCAAGUGCCGCUACCGUGGCAUUUCAUGCCUCCAUCCUAAGUGCCUCAAUCGCUAUUCCACAGUUCUUCAUGUCGACUCUAUGGGGCAUACUGGCCGAUAACCCCCGUGUAGGGCGCAAGCGGGUUCUGCUAAUCGGUCUCGCCAUGACUGGAGUUGCGUGGCUAGGACUUGCGUUCGCCAACAGCUUCCUGGCGGUGGUAGCAUGCUACGUUCUUGUUGGCCUGACGAACAACAACAUGGCUGUGAUGCGGACCAUAAUCAGGGAUAUCAGUGGAAAAAAGUUUGAGUCGCGGGCAAUACUGCUGAUGCCAACGGCUUUCAACCUGGGAUCUUUCAUUGGUCCUCUGCUGGGUGGGAUACUCAGUGAUCCUGUCGGAACGUAUCCAAAUGCUUUUGCGCCUGGAAGCUCCUUGAGGCAGUGGUUAGAGAGAUGGCCGUACGCCGUGCCCAAUAUACUUAAUGGUAUGUCCAUGAUUGUGUGCGCGGUAUUAACGGCCUUUCUGCUCGAGGAGACGCACCAAGGGGAAGGGCAUCGUUCCCUGUCUAUUGUGCCUGGCUGGGCUAAGACGCUCGGUAGACGGUUGUCUCGGUCUGGGUAUGAGAAGGUCGCCGUUGAAGACGCUGAGCAUAUCGAAAUGAAUGACCGUGGACGAAACGCUUCAGCAAAGACUAAUACUACUGGCUCACCUGUCAGCAUAUGGACCCGACGACUAAUUAUGACGCUUUUCUCUAACGGGCUCAUAAUCAUGCACGUUGGCAUAUUUCCAUCCCUCUUGGCAAUAUUCCUUUCAACACCUCGCUAUGACCCAGAAGGAGGCUCAUCUGUAGCAAGUUCAACCACUGGUGAUACCAGCCAGUCAACAGCUACCAACGGAGCUCUGUCGGUACCGCUAAACUAUCACCCCCACGCGCCCUUUACCUUUACCGGAGGCCUGUCUUUUAAACCAAGUAAUAUCGCCACAGCUCUUGCCAUCCGAGGCCUUGUGGGCUUAGUGUUGCAGCUCUUAUUCUUUCCGUACCUGAAGAGAGUGUUUGGUCUUUUCAAUCUCUAUCUCUGUUCUCUCCUGGUUUUCCCGGUAACAUAUUUUGUUAUCCCGUUCUGGGCUACCGUCCCAUCAAACACAUUACCACCCUUGCCUGCAUCAGGAGUUGUACUAUGGAUUUUCAUCGCAGCCACCCUAGCCAUCCAGACCACUGCGCGCUCGUUUGUUACACCUUCGUCACGUAUGCUUCUUAACGCAGCGAGUCCAGACCGGUCUUCCCUUGGCACCGUGAACGGUAUCUCCCAGAGCGUUGCUGCGGUUGCAAAAACAGCAGGACCCUUGCUCACGGGCUGGCUGUAUGGCGUGGGGCUUAGGCACGGUGUAGUAGGCAUCGCUUGGUGGGCUAUGUCUGCCAUCGCAGUAACAAAUGCUGUGGCUGGCGCAUGUCUCGCGAUUGAGAAAAAUGCUGGAAAGAAGCGCAAACCUCAUAUACAGGCUACACCGUAG